GAAACUGCACUAGACUCACGUCGCUUUAUAGAGGUCGGCGGAGUGUGGGAGAGCAGUAGCGACAUCCCAAUCCCGACGAGAGUCAUCUGCUCAUCCCUGUCCGUCACACAGGGGGCUUGUUCUGACCUCCCGAGCUCGUUUUAUAAACGGACAGGCUUCGGACUAAACGGAGGGAGUGCUUCGGGGGUAGUGUUACAAAUAAAGAAAGUCGAGCUCAUCUUUGGGACGCACGGCGGGGGUCCGAAUAAAGCAGCGGGAUAAGGACGCUUGUCUCCGUUACCUAAGAUCGGGCCACUGGUGAAAAUUUAUCCUCAUCCAGAGGAGUGGAAACCUAAAACCUGAGACAUGGGGGAUUAUUACGAGAUCCUGGGUGUGACGAAAAAUGCAUCCCAUGACGAUAUAAAGAAAGCGUACAAAAAAAAAGCACUGAAGUGGCAUCCAGACAAAAACCCAAACAACAAAGAACAGGCAGAAAAAAUGUUCAAAGAGAUCUCAGAGGCAUAUGAAGUCUUGUCAGAUGAAAACAAACGGAGACAGUAUGAUAAAUACGGUAAAGAAGGCCUAUCUCACAGAGGCCAUUAUGAUGAGGAUUUCAUGGGCGGAUUCACAUUCAGAAAUCCAGAUGAUGUCUUCAGGGAAUUCUUUGGAGGCCGAGAUCCAUUUGCAGAUUUUGCAGAUUUUUUUGCUGAUGACCCCUUCGAUGAUUUCUUCGGUGGGAGGCGUCACAGGGGUGUGAGCAGGAGCAGGACGACGGGUUCGUUCUUCCCUGGGUUUUCUCCAUUUGCUUCCCCCUUCUCUGGGUUUAAUGCAGGUUUCACCCCUUUCGGCCCAAUGGGUGGGGGUGGCUUCACCUCAUUUUCUUCCUCCUCAAUUGGGGGUGGUGGAGGUGGUGGAAUGGGAAACUUCCGCUCUGUCUCUACAUCCACCAAAUUCAUCAACGGAAAGAGGAUCACCACCAAACGUAUUGUAGAGAACGGUCAAGAGAGGGUGGAGGUAGAGGAGGACGGUCAGCUCAAAUCUAUCACAGUCAAUGGUAUUUCUGAAGACAAUGCAUUGGAGGAAAGGCGCAGACAGAAUGCCCUCACUGGUGCUACCCCACACAACCGUUACCUUCGAAAUGUGGCCCAGAACCCUUCAGAGGAGGAAGAGGAGGAGGAGGAGGAGGACAGAGGCUUGCAGAAUCUGGGACUUGCCAGAGGGAUCUUUGACACCAGGAGAAAGAAACUAUUGCUAAAGGAAUCGGACACCAAAAAGAAGCGGAUCACAAGAAUGGCUCCUCGGAUUGGGGUGUGGUUCUAACUAUAUUUGCUAUAUAUAUAUAUAUAUAUAUAUUUUUCUAGUGUCGUCAAAGUCAGUCACCCACUACAAAGUCACAGUCGCAUCAGUUCAUUGUAACUAUUUUCUCCGUUUUAUUCUUUUACCGUCUUCUGUAUUUAUUUUGGAUGUAGGAUGAAGUUACAAACAAAUUGCAUUUAACCAAUCAUAUGAUUUAAUCAUCUGGUGAUCCAUCACCAUGCAUGUAAUGCGAAUGAUCUUUCAAUAUACUGAUUUAAUGUGUGAAAAGCAAUCAAACUUUCUUUUGUAUUUACUUUACUCAAGGUUUUUAAGCAUAUUGUAAGACAUUCCCCUGCACUGCUGUGGUAUUGUAAACAGGCAGUUCGAAAGACAGCCUAAACACAUCGCUCAUGCUAUAAUCGAACCCAAUUGAAACACGUUUAUUCAUUUUUAAAACACCAAACAGAUCUCUUCUUUAAUUUGUUAAAUUAUAUUUAGGCUACUCACACAUCUCAUUAUAUGUUUUAAUUAAAAACAUAAAAGUGAGGCAUUGUUACAUUUUGUACAUUUAAUAUUAAAUGAUGGAGCACAAACAAAGGAUUGGCGCGAUAUGUAGAAGAUGCUUAUAAGCAUCACUAUGGAGGUGACAAAUAAGAGACAGGUUGAGGAAGAAGCACAGAACCGGCUAGACUGGUGCACCAAGAAUGGAAAGAGAGGAAGACAAGGAGAAAAAGAAGGAAAAGAGAUUUUUAAAUUAUUCAUUCACCAAUGUGAAAGAACACGUUUUCACCGGUCUGACUUUUGAUCCAGUCUUAAGCACUGUAUCAAUAUUUCAGAAAACCUGCAGAUAUGGUAUGUCCUUUCAGAACUGGCAGCAUGGCUUUCAUUUUAAUCCGACUACUGCAUGUAUGUGUUUAGUUUAGUUCAAAAUCAUAGUUCGUAUAUUAAAAUAGGAACAACACCGACACUUUUUUAGUAAUGCACAUUAAAAAGUUUCUACUCUGAUGUGUUAUGUAGUCCAUUUUUGCUGAUGUUUUAUGAAUAUGUAUUAUUUCUUAAUACAAAUUUAUGCUGUUAAUUGGUAGUGGUGUGAACUGAGGCAGUUUUAAUCAAGUACUGUUAUUUUCAAAGCCAUGGAUGUUUGUUCAUGCUGUACAGCAAUAACAUAUAAAUCUUGUUAUUGGGGAAACACAAAAAAAUUUAACUAUACUAGAAAAUGGCUUGUUUACUUACAGCUGUGAAGGUUUUUCUUUGUAAUAUUGACAAAAAGGCUUAUUUCUGAAGCGUGUAUGUCUAGUUAUUUCUGCCUUUUUUUUAAACUUACAUCAAUAAAGCCUGAAAGCUGCA